UUCAUCCGUCCGUGUUCAUUAAAAGGCAAUUCUUUUUCUGCUAAUUUAACAUAGCAAUUCAGCCAGAAACGUUCAUUUAGUGGAAUGCAAUAGGUAACUGUAUAAAAGGCGAUACAAAAACACAUAGAAAGCGAAAAGAGCAGAACCAAAAGAGCUGUCAUUCCAGUGGUACAGCAAAAACCUACAGGAAGUCCAUUUCUCAAGACAAAACCAAACCGUGAAGUCAUCACGCUGUCAACAUAAAACAUUCAACAUGUCGGAAGAGAAAGCUGAAAGCUCCUCAUCCCAGGAAACGUGCAUCUACACCGUAGAAACCAACCCAUCCGGCAACGGUCAUGAAAUCCAUGCAGACAUUUUCCAUGUCGUGCCACCGCAAAGGAAGAGAAAGAUACAAACCAAGGGUACAAGAAUGACACGCACCACACAACCUCCUCCGAAAACGGGAGAGUGUGUCAAAUCCAGCUACAAAGCGUGUCUGGUGUCGGCUAUAAAGAAAAUGGUACUAGUAGACAAACUCGAAACGGAGAUCCUAGCACGUCAUCGUAAUUUCACCUUGAAAAAUCGCGAACAAACAACUGCUCCCAACGAUCCCACCAACGCCAAUAGUGGUGCUUAAUCUUCCAAUCCCACAGUCACACAGAGAGAACGAAAGAGAAAAACUCCACUGCUCAUCAGGUAUUAAUUGUUAAUCGAAUUUAUUGCUUCAGUACAACAGUAAAAUUAGUCCUAACAUGUUUGCCUACGAAACGAAGAACGAAUUACACAUGACAAAAAACAGUACGUCCCCCCUUUCGCUGCGAACUGGCGUGCGUUCUCGCUCUGUGUCCCGAACCCGAACAGCAGCGGUAAUUGCAAGGGAGGUAGCGAAUUAGUUUGUGCUAGUUGUAAGUGGAUAUCCACCAAUCAGGCGUAAGUUGUUCGCUAAGUGCCACCCCGUGCGAGCAUGUUAAGUAGCUUCGGAUAAGGGCUUGGUGCGUCUACAUUCGACAGUUGCGUCGCUCGCCGGUUCGUCUACUAAGUUGUUGCUGUUUCAAGUUAAGUUUUUGUUAACCAGUAGCGUGUUAAAAUUAGGCAGGAAAACGGGACCAACUCAAUUACAAACAUACUAAACAACGUACGAACAAACACAUACACAUUCACUGCCAUCGUUGGCAUAGGUGCAUGCUACAGCCUACGUCAGCCAUUAUCCUUUUGCAAAGAGGCACCGUUUUUUUCUCUCUCUCUAGUUUUUGUCACUUGAUUAUCCUGCAAAAAGGUACAGGAAGACAGUACAGGAUCCACUACAACCCGCUUGGAAGGCUAUCGCGGACACAAA